UAGAUGGCAGCAAUGUUAACAUUUAUAUUACAAUUUUAAAAUGAUAAAUAUAACGUGUUGUUUAAUGAUAUAUUUAGUUAGUUAUACUCAGUUAUGCCAUAUGUCAAAAUAAAUAUCGAUAAUUGUAUUAUGUUAAAAUUUGCCGUAUGAUAUAAAAUAGUAUUUAAAACAUAAUACUGUAUAAUGCUAUAUAUUUGUAAAACUAACCUAAAACUUUUAUUUCGUAUUUAACAAUGUAAUAGUUAUUAAUACUCAUUAUAUAAAUAAUUAUUUAUUUCCAAAGAAUUAUAAAUAUUUAUAUUCUUUUAAAUACAUUCAUGUUGAUAAAUUUAAUAGAAAAUUAAAUAAUUUUAAUUCAUAAUUUUUAUAAAUUAUUUUAUAUUUUCUAUUUUUAAAUUAUUAUAUUUACUUAAUUUUAAAAAAUGUGUAAUUGUACAAUUAUUGCAAAAUUAAUUCCUUGGAAUUUGUUUGACGAGAAUAUGCAGAAUUUUUUACCUAUUGAAAUGAAAAAACAUUUAGUAACAAUAAACAUUAAUUUAAAACUCUUCAUUGAAAAUAAGAUAACUUCAUCAAUGAAAUGGACAAAAGAUUCAUUAAUAUUAAUUGAAGCUUGUUUGGAUAAAACAUGGGAAGCAUUAAAUUCUGGCCAUUGGCAAUCUGUUCCUAUUGAAUAUCGAUAUUCUUAUACAUUAUGUACUAUCUUAAAAACAAUACUAUUAGAGUUUCAAUAUUAUAAUAAUAUCGAAGAAUUUUCAAAAAAUAUAAUUCUAUUGAAGGAUAUUAUUCAGCAAAUUGAUAAAGGUAUUUUAUUAGGAGCACCACUUCCAAAUAUACCUGAUUUAUUACCAAAAAUUGCAAGAGAAUUGAAUAAUUGUAUCACAAAAUCAACAGAAAUAUUGGAUUUAAAAAAAUUAAAUAUUGAUUUUAAAAAUUCAUAUGAUUUUAUUUUACCUGGAUUUAUUGAAGUUACUCAAUAUAUUGAACCCUCAAUGGAACUAUUUUAUAAAGAAAUAUUUAUGCCUAAAAUACCUGCAAUAUUAAAAGAUUGUAUUAAACAUUGGAAAGCUUUAAAACAAUGGAAGGAUUUAAAGUAUUUAAUUAAUGUGGCUGGAAAUCGAUUGGUACCUAUUGAAAUUGGUUCACGUUAUACUGAUGAAAAUUGGUCACAACAACUUCUUAAUUUUUCAGAAUUUUUGCAAAAAUAUAUAUUAACAAAAAAUGAUCAAAUUGGUUAUUUAGCUCAGCAUCAAUUGUUUGAACAGAUUCCUGAAUUGAAAGAUGAUUUUACAAUUCCUGAAUAUUGUAAUUUUACAGAUAAUGAUGAUGUAAAACAGCCAGAUAUAAAUGUUUGGUUUGGACCUAGUGGAACUGUUUCACCUUUGCAUUUUGAUCCCAAAAAUAAUUUUUUAUGUCAAGUAUUUGGAUAUAAAAAAAUUAUUUUAUACCAUCCAAAUGAUUCAUCGAAUUUAUAUCCAUAUGAUACAAGAUUACUAAACAAUACUGCACAAGUUGAUCCUUUAAGUCCAAAUUAUGAAAAAUGGCCUAAUUUUAUUAAAGCAAGAGGUUUAAUGACUUAUUUAAAACCUGGAGAAAUGCUUUACAUUCCUCCAAAAUGGUGGCAUCAUGUAACUUCUUUGACUUCAAGUUUUUCAGUUAGUUUUUGGUGGAGUUAAAUAUAAAUAUAAUAAAAAAUAUAUAAUAUAAAAACAAUAUAUGUAUUUAAAAAAUAUUUAUUUCUAAAAUUUAUAAUUCUGAAAGAAAAUAUAUAUAAAUUUUGAAAAAGUACCAUAAAAUUACUCUAUAUAAAAUUUGAAAAAAUGCUAUAUAUAAAUAUAAUAUAUAAUACUAUAUUUUUAUAGAAUAUUUUAUUUUUAUUUAUUUUAUUUAAUAAAAAUUGAUAACAUAUUCUUUUUUAUAAUUUAUUCAUAUAAAUCAUUAUUAAACAUUUUUAUGAAUAGAUAUAUAUAUAUAUAUAAUGUAUAAAUAAUAAUGAAAUUUAAUUUAUUUUAUAAUUAUUUUAUUAUUUUAAGUAUAUUAAUUUAAUUUGUAUUCAACCAAAUAAAGAAAAAGUACAAAAAUAUCAUUUUUUUAAUAUUAAUGUAAAAGAAAAAGUAAAUAAAGCUCUUAAUUCAAUUGCUUAGUAAUUAUUAAAAAAUUAUAACACUAUGUUAAAUUAAUGAUUAGUGCUAAUAUGUUUCAUUGGUUUAAAUAAAAUGUAUAUAUAUACAAAUUGAAGCAGAUGUAUCACAAAGGCGUUCAUGAGAAUAAAACGGAAUGUUAUAAAUA